AUGGCUCGUGAGGAGCUCAUCUCCUCUGCUGUCACAUUCCUUCAGGAUCCGUCGGUAGCCUCCUCGCCGAUCGAGAAAAGAGUUGCAUUCCUUCAGUCGAAGAACCUGACGCAGGAGGAGAUCGAUCUCGCGCUUUCUCGGGCAGGUGAAGACCCGUCUGCAGCAGCAUCAGCCGUAACAACAACGUCUUCGUCGCAAGGAUACACUCCACAGCAAGCCGCUUACCGGCCCCCUCCUCCUACACAAGGAUAUGGCUAUCCUCCGUAUCAAUGGCAGCCUCCACCGCCAGAGCCUCCGAAGAGAGACUGGCGUGAUUGGUUUAUCAUGGCCACGGUAAUGGGCGGUGUAGGGUACGGUUUGUAUACUGUCGCCAAGCGAUAUGUCAGCCCUCUCGUUGCACCACCUACGCCUCCACAGCUUGAGCAGGAUAAGAAAAAUGUUGAUGAAGAAUUUGCUCGCGCAUUUGCUCUGAUCGAGCAACUCUCGACGGAUACUGCGGCGCUCAAGUCCGCUGAAGAAGCACGCACAGAGCGCUUGGAUACUACAUUGAGGGAUGUUGAGAGUUUGGUUGGAGACUUGAAGAACGCGUCGCGUCGGAGGGAUGACGAAACCCGGCGAAUCAGUGACGAGGUCAAGACUCUGAAGGAUGCCAUCCCCAAGGCGCUUCAGGGUGCGCGCGAAGGCAACGAGCAGCGGUUGAAGGAACUUGGCACAGAACUGAAGAGUUUGAAGGUGCUGCUGGGCAACCGAAUUGGUGGUGGUGCUGGCGGCGCUAGCUCUCCAGUUGCUGGAAGAACAGUAGGCACUAACCUGCCUGUUGCAUCUCCUCGACCAGCGGAGGAACAACCAACGACUCCUCCCCCUACCACCAACGGUGCGACGACUCCCGCUACCAGCGCACCUGAACCGCAGCAGCCGCAGCAGCCACAGCAACCUCCGGCUGCUAAGAGUCCUAGCCCUCUUUCGCAACUUGGAAGGUCUGCUUCUAUUCCUGCCUGGCAGAUGGCAGCGGCGAACCGGUCCAAGAAGCCUGAUGAAGCUAACUCUGCUAGCAACACCACUAGCAACGCUGAGCAGCAGCAGCCGCAGCAAGAACAGAGUGCUCCGGCUAGCUAG